AUGCGGCAAGGAAAGCUGGCAGCAUUUACUAGGCGCCUUGGUGUCUAUAAAUUUUUGCCAUUGUUUUUUCUUCUUGGAGCCGGUAUAGAGUUGUUUAUGAUAAAAGUCCGUGUCGGGAGAGAAACUUUCUGUAAGUAUCCUUCCAGAACUAAAACUCAAGUUGUACGCUUUCUUUAGCUUAUAGAUCAGAAGAUCUUCGCGCGCGUUAUUGACCCAACUUCGUCUGUAAAGAAGGCUGGAUAUCGGCUUCGUGUUUUUAUUACGUUUUGACGGACCGAGACGAAUUUGAGAUCAGAAAAAUCGCAAAAAGAACGAAGCAAUAUUAAAUCCAGUCAUGUUAAAUAUAACUGAACAAGCCGAUGGUCAAUAUAAAAGGAUUAAUUUCUGAUAUGGGCAAGCGACUUUUUCCAGAAGGACCAAAGCAGAAAAUCCCAAGGCAGGAUGGGUGUAUCUUGUACAUGUAUGCUCGGGAUUUUCUGGUGUGGUCCUGCCUUGCAGUUUUGUUGCCAAUCAGAAAAUAUUAAGAUAUGCUGGGUUAACUCUCAGAAUGUCCAACAUUGACUUCAGGAGUCAAUGUUGAUAGUGCGACUUUAACCCUUUUUAUUUUAACCUUAGUAAACGGAGUCAAAGCUCAACCACCGACGGGAAUUUAUAAAAGCGGUGGCUACUAGUGAUGGUCUUGUACAAGAAUGGUUUCUUGUAAGUGACCAUGUGUUAAAUUGAUGGCAGUUGCUUCCAAGCACAUCCUGUUGAUUGGCAAUUCAUCUGUGAAUCAACAAAGUGGCUAGGGUUGCUUACAUGGGAGGGGCUGCUUACAAGAGCAAAAUGUUCCUGAAUUAUAGACUGGGUAAAUUGCCAGAUUCAAAUAAUUUAAAUUAUUUUAAUCUGGCAAUUGAGUCAUUUUAUAAUUCAGGAAUUCUUUGUUGUUGUUGUUGUUGAUAUUAUUACUUUUGAAGGUUGAUGACUUUUACUUAUAUGCCAGCUUGAUCAAGUCAGCAAUGAUUUUCCCUUUUGCAAUACAGAUGACGUUUAUGUCAGAAAACAGUCAGAAAGAAGACUAGAAAGACAGAAUCAGGAACAAGAAGAACAUUAACAAAGAGCAUCAUGCCGGCUGGCGUAUCAUGGGGUAGAUACCUGACCUUUCUUGUUGCAAGUUUAGCAUCAGCAUUAGCAGGAAGUCAGGUGGUUCAUUUGUACUACAAACCAAGUCUGGUAAGCAGUUAAGUUGGAUUAUUAUACGUUUCUGGGAAACUGCCCACCUACUCCUCCCCUAAGCCAACAUUUUGCCCUAAGUGAGAAAUAGGUGUUAAUGUUGGCUUAGGGAAGGGGUAGAUGAGAAUUUUCCCAGAAAUGUAUAAUGAUUCAUUAAGUUGUCUCACCUCAUUUAAAAAAAAUGCAAUCUCAACUGUAACCUGGCUUGGUUUACUGGUGGCAAGUUUUAAUCUUGGUAUUGUUAAUGCAUUAUAAUGAGUUUGUUACAAAGAAAGUAACCCAUGGAUACAGUAACUGAACCACAACCUAUCUACUGGCUGGGUUUUCACUAGUUACAUCUUCAAUUGAACUGGCCCUUUAUGGUAGUGAGAAUUUCUACCUUUUGAAUACUGACAAAUUCUAGUCUUACAUAUACAUGCACUAAUCCUUGAACUCUGUAAAACCAGACUUCAGUCUUACUGUAAUGUUUAUCAAAACAAUCAUUAUUAAAAAUAUUGUGGUUAUAACAAGUGAAAUAAAGAUAUUAAAUCAGCAGCAGAGCACACUUCUACAAUUUUUUAUCGUUUGCUUUCCAACAGGAAAUACCAGAUGUACCGUUAAAUCCUAACGAAUUGCCAGAUCCUGAAGAGAGGAUGGGGUGGAGAAAAUAUAUUUCCAUUAAGAAGGACUAAGAGAUCAUGCAUGUACAGUACACAACUUUUGUGUACUGUGAUAAUCAAAUAAUGCAUUUGGAUAAAAAUUACAUUAACAGCAACACGGACAAUAAAGUUUGAUGGGCAGAUAGGUCAUUUUACAAGUUAGCUUGCCAG